AUAAGUGAGUUCUUUAAUUUUUUUUUCAGAACACAACAAUAAGCUUAAAGAAUCUAAAAAAGAUUAUUAUUAUGGGCUCAGAUACUGUGCAUGAUCUCAAUUCCUUACUUUCCUCUGAGGGAAGAGAUUUUCUCAUUCGCAACAAUGGCGAUCAGGUAAAAAUUAGCUCUUUAAUUGGAAAGAAUGUGGGAUUGUAUUUCUCAGCAGGAUGGUGCCCUCCUUGUCGUAUUUUCACUCCAAAAUUAGCACAACUUUAUAAGGAAUUAGCUUCUGAAAAUGAUGAAUUUGAAGUUAUCUUCAUUUCUUCUGAUAGAGAUGAACUCUCAUUCAAAGCUUACUUCUCCAAAAUGCCAUGGCUAUCCAUUCCAUUUGAUGAUUCAGAGACCAAAAAAAAGUUGAAAUUACUGUUUGAAAUUAGUGAAAUUCCUCAUCUUGUUGUUAUUGAUGCCAAUGGGAAGGUUUCAACUAAUGAAGGAGUGAAUUUAGUAAGAAAAUUUGGAGUUGAUGCUUAUCCCUUUACUUCUCAUCAAAAGAACCAACUUUUGGGUGAUAAAGAAGAGGAGGCUAAGAAAAACAUUCAAACCAUUAUUUCCCUUUUGGUUUCCACUUCUCGCAAUUAUGUGGUUUCUAAUGAUGGAAAUCAGAUUCCUAUCUCUGAGCUAGAAGGGAAACUCAUUGGGUUGUAUUUCUCAAAGCAAGGCCAUGAACAUUGUGAUGAUUUUACACCAAAAUUAAUUGAGGCUUACAAUAAAUUGAAGGAGAAGGAAGAGAACUUUGAGAUUGUAUUCAUCUCUUUAGAUGAUGAAGAUGAAGAUUUAUUCAAAGAAGCAUUCAAAACAAUGCCAUGGUUGUCAUUGCCUUUUAAGGAUGAGAAAUGUCAAGAACUAAAACUACAUUUUGAGGUUGGUGAUCUUCCUGCCCUUGUUAUAAUUGGGCAUGAUGGGAAAACUUCAAACCUGAACGCGGUCGAACUAAUCAAAGAGCAUGGUAUUGAUGCCUACCCUUUCACUUCCAAGAAAGUCGACAUACUUGAUGAGAUCCCAAAUACAAAGUGCGAAUCACAAUCUCCAGAACCUCAUUGUGAUGGGGAGGUAAAAGUUUCUUGUUGCUGCGAUGGGUCGAAAAACAAUGAUGAGUCGAAAAACGACGAUGAAGAAAUCAAGGACAAGGAGGAAACCAAAGAGGAAAAGGAGGAAACCAAGGAGGAAACAAAAGAGGAAAAAAAAGUGUGCAAAGGAUAAGAGAACAUGUUAACACAGCAACAAAUAUGGAAGUUUAUGAGUGUAAAUAUAUACACCCAUAAACUUUUAUAUGUUCUUCACUCGUUGCCUUAUUUCAUGAGAUUUCGUUGUUUGAAUAAAUCAAGAGACUUCUAGUUUUGAACACUUUAUGACCCUUUUUCUUCUUUUGGGCUGUUCUUAUAUGAUGGCUCGAGCUAUAUCUCUCUUGUAUGUGAUUGCCUAUGUUCAAAAGUUAUUCUCUAUAAUAUUUGUGAGUGUUACUAUUUC